GAACCGGAGAACUUCGUGGUGGAGUCUGACGCCUCCUUCCGUUACCCACAGGAUUACCAGUUCUACAUCCAGAACUUCACGGCGCUGCAGCUCGGCAUCGAGGUUCCCGCCAGCCGGCAGGCCACCUUCGAGUACUCCUUCAUCCCCGCCGAGCCCAUGGGGGGGCGGCCCUUCGGCCUGGUCAUCAACCUCAACUACAAGGACGCCAACGGGAACAUCUUCCAGAACGCCGUGUUCAACCAGACGGUCACCAUCACGGAGCGCGAGGACGGACUGGACGGAGAGACCAUCUUCCUCUACGUCUUCCUGUCGGGCCUCGGGCUGCUGGUUGUCGUCGGGCUUCACCAGCUGAUCGAGUCCAGGAAGAGGAGACGCCCAGCGCCAAAGGUGGAGAUGGGGACCUCCAGCCACAACGACGUGGACCUCAGCUGGAUCCCUCAGGAGACCCUCAACCAGAUCAUGCAGAGUCGCAGAGACAAAGCGUCUCCCAGAAGAUCUCCUCGCAAGAGGAACCAGAAACGCUCAGCCGGCUCGGACGAGUGA